UUUUUUGUUUACUUUUCUUUGCAGGGAUUCCCGUUCAACGCGUUCAUUUCAAGUGAUUCGUUUGUACGUUGUGUUGUGACGUGCCAAGUCAGUGUACGGAAGCUGUCAAUUUGACAGACGUUUCGGGGAUUCGGUGGCGUUGAAACGAUGUACGUUCACGAUGUGAUGGCGUGUUCUUUCCCGCAAUGGUACUUGGACUUUCACGAGAUCACCAUUCCGAGCGUGUGUCUGCCGUUGUCCGCCGACUUCGUUGCCUACCUUCGUGAAGACGGGCUCAUUUUGCCUAAAGAAGCCAUUCCUUCUUCUGACGCGAUCGUAUCGAAUCGAAAACGUUCUUCCUCGUCAUCAUCGUCGGACUGGUCAGACAGUGACGACGAAAACGACGACGAGACGGAAAUCCCUUCUUUUCCGGAAUUGGCGGAACUCGUGACCAAGUCGAUUCGUGAGCUCGGUGGUGCGGUUUUUGCAAAGCUCAACUGGAGUUCGCCGAAAGACGCGUCUUGGAUCGGACUCAACCGAUCGCUUCUGUGUCACACCUUUGGAGACGUUGUGCAAGUGCUGAAAGCGUCCACUUUUGUUCAACACGAUCUCGGUGACCCUUUUUUCCACUGCGUUGAUAAGCGGGAUGUGGACUGUAGCGUUUCUUAUUACCUCGUGCUUCGUCGGUGGAUCGAUGUCAAUCCCGCGACGGAGUUCCGGUGUUUUGUGAGGAACAGACGGCUUAUUGCCAUUUCUCAAAGAGACAUGACUACUCACUACGCGCACAUGACUGGUGAGAACGAAGAAAUCAAAGGGGACCUGAACAAGUUCAUGACGCUGAAGUUGAAGCGAUUUUCUUCGGACAGCUAUGUUUUCGACGUUUUCUCAACGGAUUCCGGUUGCAUAACAUUGCUGGACUUCAAUCCCUUCGGCGGGGCAACUGACGCACUGUUAUUCAACUGGACGGAGUUGACAUCCGAUGAUGAUGAUUCAUCUGAAGAAACGCAAAUACGCUUGGUAGCGUCCGGACAAGAGAUGAAAGUUCCCGAGUAUGCUUCUUAUCAGUUGCCUUUGGACAUGGUCGACCUGAUGACCGGCUCAGACCCCAGCAAGCUCAUUGACUUGCUCAAGAUGGUUCAUAGACGAAGGAAAAAGUCUGAAGCCAUGGAAUGGGUCGAGAUCGUGGAGCCCCGAACCAAGGAGCACAUGUACGCCAAUCUAACUACUGGGGAAUGUGUUUGGGAACCACCUCCUGGGGUACCUGUGAAACGUGCGGACGACAAUCAGUGGUGGGAACUAUUCGACCACAACACGUCAAGGUUCUAUUACUACAAUGCGUGUUGCCAGAAGACCGUUUGGCAUCGGCCGCACAACUGCGACAUCAUUCCGCUUGCAAAACUGCAGACAUUGAAGCAGAAUACGCAAGUGCGAGAAGACAGAGCCUUGAACAGAGAUGCGGACGAGGACGAUGGCUUCAGCGAGGCGCCCCGUGUCAACAAGGUGAUGGUGUGUUCGGAAACGCAGACGACGCCUCCGUCACCCCGGAAACACAGCGGAGUCGGCGGCGGCGCCCAUCACCGCCACCAUCAUCAUCAGAGUAGACACCGCCAGCGACACGGGUCCAGUGGGAAAGAAGCGCAGCUCGUCCCGCCCUUGUCCUCGUCUUCACCGCCACCUCAGUUGGGCUCUGCGCAGUUGGCCUCUCGGAUCGGGAAAAGUGCGAGUCGCAGGGACACUGGCACCGGCACCACUAAUUCGUCAGUGUUGUUGGAGUCGCCUCAGUCGACGUCUAGUCAUUCGUCGUCACCGACGCAUCAUCGAGUCCUGGGGGGAGGUGCUGGGACGGAUACCCCUCCGCUGGUGCCGACGAUGUUGGGAGGUGGCGUGGGAGUGGGUGAGUGGUUUCUGCAACGAAGAGACAGCGGGAGCCGACCCCGAGGCAGCGGUGGCGGUGUUGUUGUUGAUCCAUCCGUUUCCGCAUCCACGUCCGCCGCCUCGCUGCCUGUCCUCGUUGGCCGGAGCUAUAGCUUCUUGUCAUCGUCUGGCGGCAGUCGGCACGGCGGCGGAGAUUCUUCCCUCGAAAAGAAAUCCCUUGGUUCCGAGUCAACCCCGCAACCACAACGGCGGAACAAGCUUGUGCACAGCGGCAGCAGUAGUGGCGGCUCCCGGGGAAUCGUCGUCGACGGAUCUUCUGGUGGUAACAACGUGGAAGGUUUUUGCACGCCGAUGCUGUAUCGACGCCAGAAGUCUUGCGACGCGUAUUCUUCUCCUGCAACCAGCUCAGGCCUAAAUCGUCACGCUCGUCUUCCGCCUGCUCCACCGCCACCAACCUCGAUUCGUUCCAACAUGCCGCCAGCAGACCCCAGCAGCAGCACCAACAACAACAACACCAGCAACAAACUCGGCUCUCUUUCUUCCGGCUCCACAUCCUCGUCUUUCAAAUGCAAAACUGGCAAUUCCGCCAUGAGCAGUGCUUCCAUACCCCCGGGCCUCGUGCUGACGACGUCCGGCAAUAAGCAAAUGGCUGUCAUCUCGCCGAAUAACAUCAGACCCUCGCGAUCGCUUCACAGUGGACUGGUGAACAAGGCCGGAGGCACAGAACCUGACGAGCAACCGAGGAGGACGAAGUCCAAGCAAACAUCGAGGCCCUCUAACCGAGUGCGAGACGUUUACGAAGAAGAAGAAGACGAUAUUGGUUCCGCAUCGGCGGAUUUACGGAAUCUUGUACCUUUGGAACGGUAUUUGUUGGAACAGAGGAAAUUAACUGGUUACCGGUUCUUGCCGGAAGACGACGACGACGAAGACGAAGAAGAUGACGAUGAAGAGGGGAGGAUCCAAGGAGAGCAACAGAGACGAAGACGAGGCUGUGGAAGACAGCAGCGAGAAAGAGUGGCGGGGGCUCGACGGGGACAUCAGGAUGACGUGGAAGAUGAAGAAGACGAGACGAGAUUAGUCGAGUUUGAUGAUUCGGAUGAAUUCGCGGAUGACGAGGAAGGAAUGUCGGCAGCGUCGAGUCAAGAAUUCCUGGACGACGAUGCAUAUCCGGAGGAAGAGCGGGAGACCUACGCGCGAUUCCGUGGCGGUGUUGGUGGUAGUGUUCGGGAUGGCCGCGGUGGUGGUGGUGGUGCUGGUGGAGAUGAAGAUGAAGAGCAUCGGAGUUACGUGUUCCGUCCAAUAUCGAGCAACACUGGUGCUGGAGUUGGUGGUGGUGGUGGAGGAGGAGAAGGAGGAUCGUCGAAUUAUGACAGUCCUGAUGAAGAUGCGGGUCCUGUUUUGGCACUGAGAGCGUCCUACGAGCGUGAUGGUGGUAAUGAGAGCAGCAGGAGUAGUAGAACGAGAUCCCAAGUUCCUCCUCAGAUGUUGCUGAGACCGUCGUCUGCGUCGACUGGGCUCCAGAAUAGACAUCCGCCUCCGUCCGAGCCCCACAUUUAUUCUCCGGUCGUCGAGAUACCAUUCUUCAAUAACAAGCUGCCGCAGCCGCCAUCCGUCAUAAGCGCUCGCAACGGAAAAAUCUGCGACCUGACCGACGGCCGAGGUGACAUGACAUCUGGCGCCGGUAUCGGAGACGGCGCCCAUGGAGACGUCGCGGAUCGCUACGUCCAAGAAAACCUGAACGUGCAGAAGCGCGGGUUAUUUCGCAAAAGCGUUCCAGUCCGCGAAUUGCUGUCCUGGUCCAAGGAGGCCAUGGCCCAGCCGUUGCUCGUCACUGCAGACAAGACGUUGCGCAAGGAGAAACGAGAGCUGUUUAAGCUCGUGCAGAUUUACAUGAGCGAUCGGCGUGCCAAAAUCGGCAUGACUAUUUCCUCGGUGGCGCAUAAAAUCGUGAGCGCGGGUUGCAGAGACCCGCGGCUUCGCGACGAAUUGUACCUGGAUUUGUGCAAGCAGACGCGGGAGAAUCCCCGGAGGGAGAGUCUCCGAAGGGGCUGGGAACUCUUGUGCAUUUGUCUGGCGUUUUUCCCGCCGUCGGCACGGGAUUUGGCGCCGUUUUUGCGUUGGUACAUUCAGAAGCAUCGGCAUCCGGAUUGGAACAAUGUGUCUGACGUGUUGCGGUGGCCCAUUCAUGUCCAGGUGUCCCACUACGCCGGGGUUUGCGAACAGCGCCUGGACCGGAUCCUGGAAAAGGGCAGCAGCUCAGUCAUGGCGGAACCCACUUCCCGCGACGUGGACCGCGCCCGGGUCCAGAUAUUCCGACCCACGAUGUUUGGUUGCACUCUGGAAGAGGUGAUGGCGUUGCAACGGGAGCGUUUCCCUGACCGCCAAUUGCCCUGGGUGUUGUGCACAUUAGCAGAAGAGGUUUUGCGCUUGGGAGGAGGAACAACGCUGGGCAUAUUCCGUGAAGCUCCCGACCACCGAGAACUGGAUGGUACUCAGGAUUUGCUCGACAGGUUUCAAGUGCCCGACUGGACGAACCCGCUCGUACCCGCGGCGCUGCUCAAGCGCUGGUUGGCUGACUUACACCAGGCACUUAUCCCACCCGAAGUGUUGAGUGACGUGCUCUCUACGACGAUGCACCAGCAAGAGAAACAGCGGAGUUGCAGUGUGGACCAGAUGAAUGCGGUGUUGAGUCGGAUGCCGCCACUGAAUCGCCUCGUGUUGGGAUUUCUAGUGAAUUUCUUGCAACGGCUUGUUGAGCCUGACAAGGUGGAGGUGCAUCGAAUGACUGCGUACAAUCUCGCAGUGGUUUUCACGCCAAAUGUGACGAGAUUGUCAGCCACGGAUCCGCUGAGAAUGCAGGACGAGGCUCUACGCACCAACGCGUUCUUUCACUUUUUGCUCGACAACAUGGAUGCUUCCUUUGCACACAACCUCAUUUGAUGUUGCCGGGUGCGCAGGUGGUGGAGGAUGUGGUUCAUCAGGAUCAUAUUGAUGAUUGAGUCGUUUGUGUCUGUGAGUGCCGAUGCAUUAGGAGGAUGGUUCCUUCGUGUGAAGCAAGAUAUUAGAUUCCCCGUGAAAUCUGGGUGAAAUCGAUAUUUUUGUCGUUUCCGUAGUCAUUCUAAUACGUACAGGGUCCUUCUGAAUUUCAUGCGAAUUCCAAGCCUUUUGAUCAGUCUUUCGAGUAUAUUAAGGCAGCACUUCAAUUUCCGAACUUCACGGGUUAUGAAAUGCUGAAGUUUUGAGUGCUUUCAUAGUUUCAUUUCCUCAUUUUGUGUUGCUUCUGAGGGUGUUUCUUACCGCAGAAGGAGAUUUUCGCUUUGGGGCCGGGUUCAGCUCUGGAAUGGGUUGAGAGAGAUUGGGAGUUGAUCCAGGAGUUAGUGCGUUAGAAACUUGACGCAGUGUUUCACUUGUUGGAAUUGAGUGCUUCGUGAGGAAGUUGUUCCUGGUUAAAGGAUGCGUUUAAACCUUGCUCCAUUCAAGCUACUGGAACUUGCCACUUUGAGCUGAUUGAUGUGUGUUGUACGUGUUUAUGAGGUGGUGCCAAAAAUGUUUGUUUCGUGGUUUUUUGACGAAGGAUUUAGUAUUUUAUUAUAGUUUUAACAUAAGUAGCUGCUAACCGAUUAUUGUUCGGUUUUUUUUCCUUGGAUUAUUUUUCAUAGUCGUGAUGCAUUUUGAAAGGAGAAGCGUCCGUUUUUUUUCCUUCUUGUGUUGUGGUAUUUUUUGUUUUAAUUCCCGGACGCCAGUCCGUGAAGGUGUUCAUGUAAUAUUGAACGUGAGUCUCAACCCGCAGCGUUCUUCCACCCCAACAAUUGCUGUGGGUUAUGUGAAGAAGACGAUUUUUUGGCGCAAUGGCGAGUGGAUUGGGUAAUUUAACGUAAUUUGAUUUUCAUCUCGUUUUGCGGGUGAUGACCUUUUGGCCCUCAAAAUACAGUGUGAAUGAAUGGAUUAGGGUCAACAUUAUUCGUAACGGCGGUUUGAAUGCCGAACGGGAAUUGAUGAAGGUCGUGCCUGCGUGUCAAAUUGCUCUGAAAGGAAUUUUGUAUCUGUUGGAAUUUUAUUAUUGUGUGCUGCUUUAUUUCAGUAACAAACUGACAGCUGCUUGCAAGUGAGCAGCAGAUAUUGAAAUGAACAAUCCCGAAUUUCUUCUGGAA